UUCCCGAAGCAACCCCACCGUUCCACCCCCUUUUCUGCCUUCCUUUCCCCGUGCAACAAACGCAAACGCGACCUAACGAAUCGAAUCAAAUUCGCCGUCCACCUCGUCGGCGUCGGCGCACCGGCCUCGAGCCCAGCCCCCCGUCCGAGUCCGAUCAGCCACCAGAGAUGCAGCACGGGAGCGGCGACUACGCCUCCUCCGCCCCCUCCGGCCACUACUACCAGCACCAGUACGCGGCCCCCGGCUCGAACCCCUAUCCAAUCGCCACGGACGCCACGGCGCCGGGGGCAGUGUCGGGGGGCUACGCCCCCGCGCCGUCCUACUCUCUCGGCGGCGGCUACCCUGACCAGCCGCCCUCCGCCCCGGUCUACUCGCAGGCACCCUCUGCCCCGGCCUACUCGCAGGCACCCUCCGCUCCGGCCUACACGCAGCCGCCGCCCCAGCCCCAGCACGCCCCCGGAUACUCGCCUUACAACACCAAUCUCAACACCUACCCGACAGAGGCGUAUUAUACCUACACGCCGCCGUCCACCCAGACCGCGGCCCCACCGCCUGCGGAGGCCAACUCCCCGGCGCUGCCCUACGACGCCCCGUACUACGGGGGUGGGUACCAGCCGCCGGCCGCGGGGUACGACAACGAUGAUUACCUGAACGAGGGUGCCUACGCUUACAGCGCCGGCGGUGGCUCGGAGCCGUACGGGGCGCGCGGCACGGCCCCUGCGCGGUCGGGAUCCGCGCUGUUUGAUGACUAUGGGCGGUCUAUCAGUGCCCCAUCUGAUGACUAUGGGCGGUCGAUCAGUGCCCCAUCUGGAUGGGAGGAGCAGCAGCCGUGGGGCAGUGGCGGCGGUGGCGGAGGUAGUGGGAGCUAUGGGGUGAUCGCAAAGGCCCUUCCAAAGGCGGAAACGCGUGAGGAUGCGAGUGGUGGUGCACAGAAGUUUCGGGUUAAGCUGCUGCCAGAGGGUGCUGGGAACUCUACUGACGUGCUUUGCCAGAUUGGUCUAGAUGGAAUUCGCAUGCUUGAUCCGAGUACAAGCAGGACCCUGAGGAUUUAUCCACUCGAUUCACUGACAAGAUGGGAGGUUUUGGAUGCAACUAUAUUUGCAUUCUGGGCGAAGACAUCAGUGGAUAUUGAACCAAAGAGAAUUAGGCUGAAGUCAAGCAGUUAUACUUCAAAUACUAUGCUUGACACUGUAACAGCAGCAACAGUGCAGUUUAAGGAGAUAGGUGCAGAUGCAAGAAGCAGAGGAGCAAUAGAAACUGGCAAACCCUUGGUACAAUCAAAUGAGAAAAAGAAAGGUUUUGAUUGGAUGUUUACAAAACCUGUUGAUGAAGUGAAAGACCAUUGGGUCCCAGAUGAGGUUGCCAAGAAAUGCCACUCGUGCGCUGUUGAUUUUAGCCCUUUCAAUCGCAGGCAUCAUUGUCGGAACUGUGGUGAAAUCUUUUGUGACAAAUGCAGCCAGGGAAGGAUUGCUCUGACGGCUGAGGAUAAUGCUCCACUUGUCCGAGUUUGUGAUAGAUGCAUGGCUGAGGUCACUCAAAGGCUUAGCAUUGCUAAGGAUGUUGCCAACAGAUCUGCAACUGUUCAAAGUCAUGAAGAUCUUGCAAGAAAACUGAAGGAGGAAAUGGAGAAAAACCGCAAGUCAUCAGCAUCUGGUGGUGGUGCGCCUGGUACCAGAAUGAGGGAAGUCGCGUGCCCUACCUGCACAGUCCAUCUUCAGGUUCAGGUUCCCACAUCUGGCUCAGAGACAGUGGAGUGUGGAGUGUGCCAGCAUGCCUUCCUUGUCAGCGCCAAUUGAUACACCGGGGAGAAGAUGCAUAUGCUAAAGAAAUUAUUCUGUUGACGAUUAUUCCUUUUUUUAUUAUGCUGUAUACAUAAUAGGUGUGUGUUCUGUCAGGCCGUACAUGUUUCCUUGAUUGUGUUGGUGAUCACGGUUAGGAUAUGUUACUUUUUUCCCUGUACAUGGGUGGAUUCCAAUUCGGGAGUAUUGCGGUGCUGGGUGUAUGCACAGAAUAUUAUACCAUUAGAUUAUACUUGGUAGAGAUUGAAGACUAUGCUCA